GGAUAAUGUGGAACGUGUGGAUACUGCUGGCGUUCGCCUCGAUAGCCCGCGUCGCCGGGGAGACGAGAGCAGCAUUGACUUCUGAUAAAGAUCUGUACCUUGACAACAGCUCCAUUGAAGAGGCAUCAGGAGUCUAUCCAAUUGAUGAUGAUGAUUAUACUUCUGGGUCUGGCUCAGGGGCUGAAGAAGAAGAAGAUGACACAAUGGUGGAUACAACAUCUAGAACACUUCCAAAGAUACCACCAACUAGUGAUGCCCCUAGAACUGAGAGAACUACAUUGAAAACACAGACCAAGGUACCUUUGCAAACAAAGUCACCUGAUGAGACUGAUAAAAAGAAGAUGCUGAAGCCUAAUGCUGAAAAUAAAAAUACUAAAACUGAGCCUGGUGAAGAUGCAGAUGUAGUCACUCAAAAACAUUCAGAAAACCUUUUCCAGAGAACAGAAGUACUGGCAGCUGUUAUUGCUGGUGGAGUUAUCGGCUUUCUCUUUGCAGUCUUUCUGAUCUUGCUCUUGGUAUAUCGCAUGAGGAAGAAGGAUGAAGGCAGCUAUGACCUCGGGGAACGUAAACCAUCCAGUGCUGCCUACCAGAAGGCACCUACUAAAGAGUUUUAUGCAUAAAACUCUUACUUAAGUGUCUCUGUUUAAGAGAUCACUGAACUUUUUAAAUAAAGCUUUUUUUUUUUGCAUAGAAUAAUGAAGAACUUUUUUUUUUCAUUAAAGAGCCUUUAUGGCACCUUUAUGAUAAAAAAAAUCCCAUUGUAUUUAAAACUUUUCAUGUAUUCCUUUUAAGAAAAUGUAAAGUUAAAAUCUUAACAUUUUGCAGUGUUCUGUGAAUAACAGUGGCAAAACAUUAUUUUAUAUCGCCAUUGCUGUUCACCGAAUCAUUUAAGAAACUUUAUGCAUAAAUGAAAAUGAUUGUUUUAUCCUAUGGUUCGAUGAAAGUUGUUUAAUUUUUGUCAGCAUGUCUGAUUGAUCUUACAAGUUAGUUUUUAUUUCAUUAAUUUAUCUGUUUCCAAAAAAAUGCCUUUUUGUAGUUGUCAUGGUGCAAUCUGUCUUCGGAUACUUCAGAUAAUGGUAGCUUUUAGUGUAAAUGUAUUUUUUCAGCUAUGUAAACUUUAACCUCCACUUUGUAUGAAUUUUAGUGUCAGGAAACCCAUUUUACACCUUGCUUUGUUUCUCAAUGUUCCUGUAGCUUCAUUGAAACUUACAGCAGCAAAUUAAUGUGUAAAAUUGGACUAUUACCGCAAACUGCGUAGUCAUAUCCUUACAAAAGAAAUCUUCUUUAUAGGAGAUUUGUAGUAAGCUACUGACAAGCCUACACAAACCCAAAGACUCGAACAGUAUUCUGAGACGUUGCUGCAAAGUUAUAUGGCCACUGUUGGUUAAUUUUUGGCAAUUUGAAGGUACGAGUACGGAUUAAUUUUUUUUCCUGUUCUUCAAAAAUGCAUUUAAGUUGUAAACGUCUUUUAAAGCCUUUGAAGUGCCUAUGAUUCUAUGUAACUUGUUGCAGACUGGUGUUAAUAAGUAUAUAACAGUUAAAGAAAAAGAAAAUGUUGGUAUUUUAUAAGCACAGACAAUUCUAAUGGUAACUUUUGUAGUCUUACAUGGAUAGACAUAAAUUGUAAUUUGGGAACAUAAACACUACUGAAUAAAUCAUGUGGCCUAAUACUGAAA